UGGGGUGCGCCGGAGGAUGCUCCGAGGGGCGCUGGGGGGGAUGCUGCGGGGGUGCAUGGGAGCGCGCUGGGGGAUGCUCCGGGAGUGUCCUUGGGGGUGUCCGGCCGGGAUGGGUGCUGGGAAGCGGCGGGGGGGCUCCGGGCGCUGGCGGGACCCCGGGCGUCACUGCAUGCCAGCAGAACUGCGGGCGGUACAGCCCUCCCCAGCCUCCCCGCUGCGGUUUUGCGGUCCCCAACCCAGCCAGCCCGGCGGCCUCUCCCCAUUCCCACAGAAACUCUCAGCGCCGUGGCUCAUUGUGCCCUGCCCAAGCUCGCUCUCCCUUACCCCCUCGAUCCACGCGUCCCGUAGGGCCCCUGGGUGCUGCACCCCGUGCCGACAGCCUCGAUCGCUCCCUACAACUCCCUGAAAGGAGAGUGUAGCGAGGUGGGGUCGAUCUCUGCUCCCAGGUAACAGCUACAGGACGAGAGGUGAUGGCCUCACGUUGCGCCAGCAACGGGUUCAGAUUGGAUACUGGGAAUUUUUUUUUCUCCGAAAGAGUGGCAGUGCACUGGCACAGGCUGCCCAGGGAGGUGGUGGAGUUCCCAUCCCUGGAGGUGUUCCAGAGCCGUGAGGAUGUGGCACUGAGGGACGUGGGCAGUGGGCAUGGUGGAGGUGGGCUGGGGUUGGACUUGAUGGUCUUGGCUGUCUCUUCCAACCUUAAUGACUCUAUGGUUCCAUAAUUUGGGGCGUUCCACUUGUUCAGACUGAAUGCUCUGGUGCCACAGCACGGUUGGAGCACUGAGGUCCGUGUCCCAAGUACCUGGAGGAGGCACUGGUUGGGUGACGGCAGAAAGUUGGCGAACGACUUCAAGUGCAAUGCAGUAGGCUCAAGAUGGGAAGGUGGCUGCCCUGGAUGUGAUGGUCACCUUCCAUAGGACUGUCCUGAGUGGGAUUAUCUCAUUCAUCUCCUUUCUGGAGGCCCACACGGACAUAACCAUGAGCUGUGGGACAUGGUACCUCCAAGAAGCAUUUCCUUUCUUGUGGCUGAGGAGCAAUCAGGUGGCAGCUUUGUUAAAAUCACCCCAAAACUGGAAUGCAAGAGUAAGGGAUCCUGGUGCCCCUCUCCUUUCCCAGUCUGAGAAUUCCCAGAUUAUCUGUGGACAGAAACAGCAGUGACAGAUCCCACAGCUGGGGAGAAGCAGGGCUCUUUGGUACAGACCAUGUGGAUCCAGUAGGAUCCCACUCUCCCACCCUGGUGCAUGUAAAGGGACUUACAUGGUGAAGAUUUUGGCCAAUUCCACAAGAUACAGGUUUUGGCCAGUCCCAGGGAAUUGGUGACCCUGGCCAGGGCGCGGGAGCGAGAAAUCCCAGCUCCAGCUUUCGCACGCAGCCGUCUCUGUGACAAAGCCGUGGGGAGAAACCAGAUGCAGAGAGCUCCUUCUUAGCCUGUAUUUAUUUUAGGCCUCGGUGGAAUUGAUGAUUCCGGAGGCUGCGAGUCCUACGCAUCUGAGGUUUCACAUGAAAAUGAAGCCGGCCGGAGUUAUUGUGGUUAUUAUGAUAAUAUACUGCCAAAAUGAAUGGGUUGGUGGAGUCAGUAAUGUGAAACAGAGUGGCUCCAGUCCUUUGGAUUAGUUUGUUUUAAAUCUGUAACUUCAGCCCAUUCCUCUGCUGAACGUGGGCCUCGGAGAGUGGCAGUGUUCAGUGGGGGCUUGGUCAGAAAAUGUGGGGUGCCCCCAUUGGCUGCAACCUACAGGGACGCAGCACUGGAAGGGGAGGGAGGUGGCACAUCCAUGCCCCUGCCCCUCAAGGCAGGUGAGGUUGGGAAGCUUUGUAUGUUGCUGUGGGCUUUUCCAGUCCCACAGACUCUGGGUUUCAUCCCUAAGUAGGCACUUUUUGCACAAGACCCCUUCUUACCCUCCUCCAUCCUUUUCCUCCCAAGUGCUGAGUCCCGCACAGCAAGUGCCUGAGGAAGGGUGAGGCAGGAAUGCCUCUCCCAAAAGCUGGGCUUGGUGGGUCACCUCCACACCCAGCUUCCAAAACACCCACAGGACCCUUUGCUUUUCAUUAGGAACCAAAGAUUUUUCCAGCCUGGCUUGUGCUGAAGCUCAGGCUCAUCCAUGGAAAGUGAGCCAAGGGUGCACCAAACCCUAGCCACGCCAAAGGCAGUCCUGCUGUCCUAAAGUUGCUACCAGCUUUUUCACCACAUGGAUGGUCUUGACCUGUCCUAGGGUGAGAAGAUGGAAAGCAGCAGCUUGAAUAGGGCCAGAAGCCCCCAAACCAGGGGAUUGAGGCAAAAAAGAGUAAAUCAUAGAAUCAUAGAAUACCCUGAGUUGGAAAGGACCCAUAAGGAUCGUUGAGUCUGACUCCUGGCUCCACAAUAGAAUCAGAGUGAUUAGAAUGCCAGAAGUGCGGCGCUUCCGACCUCUGUCUGCUUUCUGACAUUGGAGCGCUUUGGAUUUGUGGUUUCAAGUGAACGUUUGCAUCACCUGGCUCUAGGAAAGGAGACUUCAGGGAAAGCAUCACAGGUUUCAAGGAAGGUAUUAAAAUCAUGAGCAUCACCCAAGCGUUUUUUUAGGGCUGUGGCUGGAAUGAGCUGAAGGUCAGCUCAGCAGAGGUUAUCAACGCAAGGGAUGAAUGUGAGCAUUUUCCCGUGCCGGUGAGCCAUAAAAGAGGCAGAGCUGGGACAUCCGAUACCUCCGUGUCUCGUCCUGAACCGUCCCUAAUGGACACGCUGGCAGGGAGCUCAUUGCAUUUAUUAAACAGCAAUAAGCAGCUUUAAUAAAAUCGGUAUCCGCCAUCUGACGGGGUGCCUGGAGAGGCUGCUGGAGUUGUGCCGGGCCCGGCACAGACCCUGGCCGUGACACUCCUGCAGCACUGCUGCUCUGGGACAUGGAGGUUUCUAGGAUCAGCAGCCAGCCCUCAGGACCAAGAAGUUUACAACCUUCUUUUUCUCCUCCUGGAAGGAAGCUCCUUUUCGUGCAGCGCACUGGUUUUCUUCCUUUGCAGUGAAAACACGUUGAAAAGCCCAACAACAACUGUUCCCAAGAGGCUGUGUUCAUGUGUUCGAGCGCGGGUGUUGUGCAAGCCUGCAGAGUGCUGGAUGGAGCAGGCGCUGCCGUAACCCUUCGGGUACCACGCACGCCAAGGAUGAGCACGGGGCUCCUGCUCUCCUCUGCUGUUUUGCUCCCAUCAGCCCUGCCAGCACCAAGGAGGGGAUGGGAAUCUUUCUGCGAGGUGGAACCGGCAGGGAUGGGAAGGACAAAGGGGUGGCUUGGAGCUGCUUGGUGCCAUCUGGUUCCCAUCAUCUGUGGGAGCAGCCUGUGUGUGACAACAAGCAGCUCUCGGCCAGGACUUCUGUUCUCUAUGGCGCAAGGUACGAGCUGUCUGUGUCCCCAGCGUGCAGCAGUGCAGCAUUCUGGCAGGAGCACCUGGGGCCAUCAGCUAUGGGAAAUGUGUCCCCCCUCCUGCUCUGCGGGAUGGAGCACAUGAAGAUCCAGGGCUGGGCACCCACCUCAUGCAUCCCACCUUUGCUGUCUUACCUCCAUCAAGAGUGGUCAGGCAUUGAAUAGGGAAGUGAUCGAGUCACCGUCCCUAGAGGCAUUCCAGAGCCGUGCGGAUGUGGCUCUGAGGGGCAUGGGCAGUGGGCAUGGCAGGGGUGGGUUGGAGUUGGGCUUGGGGAUCUUAGAGGGCUUUUCCAACCUUGAUGAUUCUGUGAUUCCAUGAAGCACCAGCCCAGUUGGUGUAUUUUGACUCCAUUCAUUCAUUGACUCCACCGGAAUGCAGAACUGAAGACCUUCUCCAGUCCCAUGGGGAUUCCAUCUGGCCCGGGCUGCAAAUCUGAUGUGUGUAACUGCAAUAAGGAAAUGCUCCAAGUGAAAGCUUCCUGCGAGGUCUUUCCUUUGGGAAAAAGGAAACAAUUCCUUGAGGCUCACUUUAAAAUCAGUGCAGUACAGAAACAUAUCUGGUUUUUCAUCAUGCUACUCCAUAUACAGAACACAAUUAACAAACACCAACGAAUGUGCUCAGAAAAGAUGUGCAAGGGUAACUAUACUAUGAAAAUCUGACCCAAAAGAGUUGCAGUGAGCGGUGAACAAGCUCUGAGGCUCACUCAGAGCCCUGACCACAGGAGUUGCAGGGCUCAUCCCUCACUGUUCAAAUGUGCAGUGACCCCGACCUUGGGGAGCGCUCAUGGGAGCGCUGCUUCCGCUUCUGCCUGUUUCCAGGCUGCCUGCUUCCUGCAGAGGCAAAACCCUUCUGCUUUUCUUGAAGCUGCAUCUGCUAAAAUCCCAUGUUGCAGUCGCAUAAGCAAAAUGAGCCUGACGGAGUGCCUGCAGUGCUGCUUUGCAGACAUUAAGUGGCUCCAUGUGUUUCUUCCCCACUGACACAAUCGUUGGGGUCGCGCUGUUGGUAAGGAGCAGUGCUGGCCCCGCUCGGUGCCGUGGGUCCUUGCUGAAAGUCCAUCCCCAGACGUGGGCUGUGUGUGGGUGUGGGCACUUUGCCUUGGGAAGCGCCAAGUUUUGGAAAGUUCAGUGCUGAGGCUGAGGGUUGUUUCCUGCUGCAGACCUGGGGGUGUCAGCAAUUCUGCACGGCCCUGCAGAGCCCCAGUGGCUGUGGGUGCAAGCACAUGGGAGCUCCCAAGUUUGAAUGCCAAAGUCACUGGGCUGGGGUUACUGGGGUGCCUGGCAGCACUGAGCUGUCCCUAUCCCGUCCCCAUCCCCGGCCCUGCAGGGCUGCAGCGGGAUUCAUCCUUAACGCCGAGACCUUCUGUGGCUGCUAAUGAGGAUGCUGCCUCUUAAUUGAGGCAGCUGCUGGUGUGUCCCCGCCAGGCGCCAGGCGCAGUAGCUGAUAGAUGUGCUCAGCCCGCGAGGUGCAGCGUGCAGGGAGCCAGCCGGGGCGCAGCCCACAACACCAGGGUGAUCUGGCUCAUCUGCCCCAGUGUAUCGGAGGAUGGGGCACUGAGAGCCUGAGCAGAGCACACCAUGGAGAAGACAGAUGCAGCCGGCCAGCCACCCCUGCCCAAUGGGGAUGGGGAGCAGCCCCGCAGCCUCCCCUACUCCUUGGAAACACCGUAUGGCUUCCACCUGGACCUGGACUUCCUCAAGUAUGUGGACGACAUUGAGAAAGGGAACACCAUCAGGAGGGUUCACAUCCACCGCAAAGCCAAGCAGCCCAAAUUCAGCACUCUGCCCCGAAACUUCAGCCUGCCCGAGAACGGCUCCCAUGGCUACGCAGCUGCUGCUGGGCCCGGCUGGCCAGCUGCCAUGUACCGUGCGCAGCGCAAGGCAUCCCUGGGGGCGGAGGAGAUGUUGCGGGCCCCGCUGCCCGGCGAGGAGCCCAGUUACCGCAGGAAGGCCCUCCUGGCCGAGACACGACGGCACGCUGAGCUGGUGCGCUGUGAGGAUGAGCUCCGGGGGCGGCCGCAGCUGCUGAGGGCAUCCAGCCUGCCUGCAGCACUGCCACCCGGACAGGCCCCGGCCGGUGAUGGCUGUGUGCCGUGUCCCCUCCGGCCCAGUGACAAUGGGAGCUGCCCAGAAAGCACGUUUCGUCCCAUGCCGCGUUCACCCGAUGGCAUCGCUUUGCUGCCGCCUCCUGUGUUGAGUCCUGGGGCAGAGUCGGCCUUGCAGCAGCACGAGUGGCCAGGGAAAGGCGGCCUUGUGCGGGAUGUCCCCAAGGAGAGGGUACAGCCCCUGUGGCAGGGCCAGCACUCUGCCGCGCAGCUACAGGUGGUGGUGGAGAGCCGGGGCGAAGAGGGUGAUGCCAGCGAUGCCACCAAUGGUAGCGCCAUGGUCUCAGCCUCGCCGAGUGCCCUCCGGCUUGCAGAUGAAAGCACAAACCGUGGGAAAGCAGAGGGAAGUGUAAGUGAAAUCGCUCUGAAUGUGCUGAAGGAAGGUGAGGACAGGUGUGCCCGUGCCCGAGAGAAGGAGGAGCGGGGAGGAGAUGUGGGAGAGCCUGGUGGGAUCACCGCACUGAAACAGCACAUUGCUGCGCUGGAGGAGCAGCUGGACAGGAAGAAAGAAGAGCUGGAGCAGAUCAGAGCAGUGCUGAAGCAGCAGGAUCAUGAGAUCAAGGAAAAGGAGAAGAGCAUUCAGUUACUGGCCAGCUCCAAAGCCCAGCUGGAGGAGCAGCUGUGCCAGGAGAACACACGAGAGGACACGGUGUCUUCCACGCGGCGUGGCAGCAUGCUGCAGUACAACGAUGCGGCGGUGAACACUGAACUCUCACAUGUGAAUGGCUCCAAGCAAGUCCAUGAUAAGGGCAUCAAUGUAAAUAUCCCACUCUCCACCAAAUCCAUAGGAUGUGGUGUCCGCAGAGCGGACAAUGGAAACUUGCUGGCAGCGGAGCUGAGUGCUCAGGGAUGGGCUGAUGGCGGCACCGGUGUUGGAGGAGAGGGACCCGGACACUUUGCCAAGCUCUCAGAGACUGAAGCUGGUCUGGAGCCUGGCCUUCAUGCCCAGUGCUUCACCGAGCUGAAGAUUGAUGAGCAGCUCAGCGAUGACAACCAAAACCAAAGGAAUAGCUGCGACACCCAGAGUCUCGCUGCUCACGCGGUGGCUGCAGAAAGCUAUCGAACAGGAAGAACUGGCUCAAGCACAGGCGAAAAUGAGGCAGGCUUUGGUGAAGACAAAACUGAAGAUGGGAUGGGAGAGGAAGGUCUCCCUGACCCCAAAGAUUUCCCUGCUGUUGACCCCAUAGGCCAAUACGUAAAGAAAAUCCAGGAGCUGUUGCAGGAGCAGUGGAUGUGUUUGGAGCACGGCUACCCUGAGCUGGCGAGCGCUAUCAAACAGCCGGCCUCUAAGCUCAGCUCCAUCCAGAACCAAUUAGUUAAUUCCUUAAACUCGUUGCUGUCUGCCUACUCUUCGCAGAGGCCAGCAGAUAAGGAGAAUUCCAACACGCACUAUCAGCCGUUGGAAACCUCACCAACCACAAGUCUUAAAUCUAUCAUGAAAAAGAAAGGUUAUGGCUCCCAUGCAGGAGGCAAUGGGACCAAAAAGAAUCUUCAGUUUGUUGGGGUAAAUGGUGGCUACGAAACAACUUCAAGUGAAGACACAAGUUGUGAAGACAGCCCAUCAGAGGGGGACGGGGAGAGUGAUGCAGAGAGAGGAGCUGGUGGUCUGGAGCCCGCACAGGAGCAAGGCGGAGGUGGAAGUGAGGGAGCUUCAUUUGGGACCUCCAUGCAGGAAACUCGAGAAGACCAUGACCCGCAGGAACCUCAGGCAGAAGCAACACCUUGCACUCAGCACAAAGCUGACAGAUGCAAACCCUCUGAAGAUUUCCUCGCCGCCUGCCAGCUGCUCAGCCAGCACCUCCCUGAAAUAAGAACUACGAGCGACCAGCAUCUGCGGCACGUCCUCAGCACCGUCUGCCAGGAGUGGUUCCGGGUGUCAAGUCGCAAGUCUUCCAGCCCCGAGGUGGUCGCGGCCUAUCUGCAGGCACUGGGCACCAUCCAGCCGCAGCUGCUGGAGGCGGUGGUCAACAUGGCCGACAGGAACAGCAACACGGCUCUUCACUACAGCAUCUCCCACUCCAAUUUCCCGAUUGCAAAGCUCCUGCUGGACACAGGGGUCUGCCACCUGGACCUGCCGAACCAGGCAGGCUACACAGCUGUGAUGCUCACCCCGUUGGCAGCUGCCGAGACAGAUGAAGACAUGGCUGUGGUGAUGAGGCUGCUGAAGGAGGGGGACGUCAAUGUGCGAGCCGCUCAGGGAGGGCAGACGGCCCUGAUGCUGGGGGUGAGCCACGAGCGGGAGGCCAUGGUGCGGGCCCUGCUGGCCUGCCAGGCCGACGUCAACCUGCAGGACGAGCAGGGCAGCACGGCGCUGAUGGUGGCCUGCCGGCAGGGCAGCACCGACAUGGUCAGGCUGCUGCUGGCCCAGCCUGGCUGCCAGCUGGCGCUGACGGACAAGGACGGAGACACAGCGCUGUCCAUUGCCCAGAGGAGCGCCCACGAGGACAUCGCCGCGCUGCUGCACCGCGCCCAGCACGGCCCCAGCGCCUGAGCCCGGCGAGGAGGAUGCGGGGAGGGAGAAGAGCAACCACAGCUGAGGUCACUCCCCUCAUUAACCCGAUCCUGUACCCGCAUCGCAACAAACGGCUCAAAUUCUGUUCUGCCGAGUUAAGUUUCUGGAUUGCCCUCUGCUAACACUCACUGCACGGCCCUGGGGGGCCAGCGGCCGAAUGGAAGGAGCUGUUCCAGCCUUCGCCGGGGGCUGCCCUGUUAAUCAAGCACUUACCUGUAUUCCAUUUAACUCGUAAUUUGUGUCCUAAUAUUUAUUAUUAGCUCUCCCCUCUGUAGUAGGAGGCAGUGACUGUUCGUAUAGGUAACAACAAACACAGGUCGGAUGGAUUACAGAAGGUAUAACAUCCUAUUUAUGUUUGCUCAUGUGGGCCUGAUGUAAGAAUUAAGAAUUAAUGCUGUAGGAAAAUAUUUGAGGACAGCAGACCCAAACACACAGACACUGUUUUGCCUGGACUCAGAAUUACCAUAUGGCUCUUAUUUUUUCUAAUUAAUUUUGAGCUGAUGGGGAAACGAAGCCCAUUGGUGUGCACAGAGCCCAAACCACUCCGUGAGCAUGGGCAAGGAUUUAACGCAGCAUCCUCACCCUAGCUAAGAGCAGAUCUCUUGUGUUGGUGCCUGCUUCGUUUGCUUUGCCUCCACAAUGUUCUUAAGUGGAAGCGCUCACUCCACAAGAAACCCAUCUGCCUUUUUUAACCCCGUCCCCAAAAGCUGUUACCUCCCCCACGUAUGAAUAAACCCAAGUUAAACUUC